UGGAGAAACAAGUAACAGUUUCUGAAAAAUAAUUAAGAAUUUCUGAGAAGCAAGUCAGUGUUUUCGAGAAAGAAUUUGGAAUUUCGACUAAAGUCAGAAUUUGGGAAGAAUAAGUCACAGUUUCUAAAAACUAAGUAAGAAUUCGCGAGAAACAUGUUAGAAUUAUUGAUUGACUUCAAAAUUUCGGAGAAAUAAGCCACCGUUCCUGAAAAAUAGUAACACGCACACGGAAGCGGUCAUUCGACUCAUUUCGUGCGUGGAACACCAACCUACCGUGCCGAAAUAACCUGCUAACUGUCACUACGUGCCGCUAGCGUGAUGGCGUUCCUCGCGACUUUGUUUCUGCUAUCUCGUUGCGUAAAAUCGCAAGAAAUCGGCUCGAUUCUAGAUACCGACUCGCUGUCGGAGUUACCUCUCGAUAAAUUGCUGAACGUGAAGAAGAACUUGAAUGAACUCACCCAUCAGAACCUGCCCCAAAAUAGAAGCGACCAUUUUGACGAUAUUUCAAUCACCGACGAACCAGGAGCCCUAGCUCUGACGUCCAAGUUUAAACUGACGAAGCUGGGAACUUAUCUGGGGCCGUACGAUGAAGAUUACAAACACGAAGGCGGCAAAAAGAGUGUCACUACCGUGUUUCAAUUGUCGGUGACGACGUUGGCCUUCCUCGCAUUCGGGGGUUACUUGGUGUAUCUGGUGGUGGCUGCGAUCUCAGGCAAAAACUACAACUACGUAUACAAUCCGAACACGCAAUUGAUGGCGGCGAUGAUAAACUCGCACUUCAACCACAAGAGGAGGCACAAGAAGAAGAAAAGGAAGCGAAGACCCAUCAAGCACGGCCAUUUUGGGUACAAAGAAGCGGAUGAAGUAUCCAGGGAAAAAAGGGCCGCCGGUACUGAUGAGGAUGGCGAGGUUUUGUACAGGGCUCUGGUGAAUUUGUCGGAAGGAUGCGCGAAAUUCUACGAGCAAAACUACGUCGAUGCUGUAGCAAGUAAGCUGUUGAAUGUUACUGCUUUCGACGUUGUUAUAAAACAUCCUGAGCUGCAAUAAACAAGUUAUU